AUGGGAGGCAGACUUGUGCUGUUUUUCCUGAAUAUUUUGGUAUAUCGCCUUAGGAGUACAGAAGCCACGGGCUCGGCGGGGACUCACAAGUGUAGCAGGCAGCAAAGUGCAGGUUUUCUUUCGUUAGAUCGGAAGCGGUUUAAGGGACUACCUCGACGCCUUACCUUUUUGAGUGCUGCUGAGCUCAUUGCAUUAGCUGGUAUUGCCGACAGAAUAACAAUACCACGAGCCUGGGCAACACCGGGUGUUGCCCAGGGAGAACCUGGAUCCAAACUGUGGUCAAGUGAGACGAGGAGUGCAGGCAUACCAACGCAAGUCUUCACAGAGCCAUGUGGUUCUUCUGAUGCAGACAAUGCAGCCCAUGGUGUUGGUGCUGCCCCUCCUGCUACUGCUUUGGGAGGUGCGCUUGCUGCCACUUCUGCUGGAGCAGGGGCUAAUGCUUUGGCUGGCAUACCCAUAACAAGCCUUCGAACUGCAUGUCGAAAGCUACAGCUGCCCAGCAAGGGGAAAAGGGUCGAACUACUGAGUCGUCUGCAGCAAGCGCGAUCAUUAGAGGAGCUCUUAGCGCUUGUCAGGCCAAAUGAGGUACCUCCUGCACCUCCUGAUGCCUCUCAAGAAGCUAACAAAGUCCAGGAGCCACAAAUGGAGAUAUCACGUAAACCAGCUCACAGCCGCUGUCACAAGUGCAACCAUCGGCUUUCAUCCAAAGCUCGGUUUUGCUCCAAGUGCGGGGCUACGAUAUGCUCUGUUGGUCAAGAGACUCUCAGGGAAUUCGUGGAAAAGGCAUUUUGGCCUAUCAGGGAGCAAGAAGUGGGCAGUAACACAAUGAGGGUUGAACGUGGAUUUUGGCAGUCUAUUUUACAGGUUAUUGGGGAUGUACCAGUGGCGAAUCUCUCUGCCGCAGUUUGGGAAGAGUAUUUGCGGGCUUUAAAGAAACGUAAUUGUUCCCCGCGGACUCAGGUCUUGCAUCAGGUGGCAUAUUUGGCGGCCUUAAAGUAUGCGGUCCACACCCGUCGCCUCGAGGGGAUUCACGAUUUUCGGAAGAUUAGAGGGUGCACCAAGCGCACGCUGGUCUCUGUGCCUCUCACCGCAGAAGAGGUGUAUUUACUGUUGGCAGCUACGCCAAAGACCAUGCACUGUGCCUUAUUUGCUGUUGGUAUUGGAGCGGGUCUUCGUCCGUCGGAGAUAGUAUCGAUGCGAUGGGAAGACAUCAACAUGCAGGAAAUGACGACAACGGUCCGUGGCUCUAAAACUGCAGCAUCCGCGGCAGUGAUCCCUCUUACCAAUCUGGCUGCGAGAGAACUGAUGCGCUGGUGGGAAGAAGAGGGAAAGCCAACUAGUGGACUGUGCUUUUACGUUGAGGGAAUAAGAAGCCGAAGUAGCAGAAUAAACUUACGAACGAAGACACCAAUACGAUCCUUUAAGAAGGCGUUGCAGGCGGCAGCACAUCGGGCAGGAAUCGAUGAGACACGUUGUGGAGAGCCUCGUAGGGUGUUCCCGUACAUACUAAGACACUCCUUUGCUACAAUUGCUGCCACUUCGAAUCCCCCAGUGCCUUUACCAGUGGCACAGGCAGUCAUGAGGCACACCUCUUCGAAGAUGCUCUUGGAGACCUAUGCAAAGGCAGGAGCCCUCGUGAUCAAGGAAGGACUUCGCAACUUUAAGAUUUAA